GAAGAGCCCUGCAGGCGCUGGGGUGCCCCGGAUGAAGAGCGUGGCUGAAGCUUAGUCUUGGGCUGAGAAGACAUCGCAGCUUAGAACGGGUCUGGGAAGGUGGGUGGAGGGGUGGGACCAGCAUGAGGCAGAGCUGAGGGCUCCAAGGGGGCGAAGCUGACAUUGGGGUUUACGGUUGCCUCGGCCCAGCUGAGGUUCAGAGUCUGGUAGAGAGGAAGAACUGGGCCGAGAGCGAUGUGGGUGAGGACGACAAUGACCGUUGAAAGGUGGACUGAGAAAGAGACUGAGGACAAUGCCAGCACCUGGGAUGAUAGCAGCAGUGAUGUAAACAGGUUACCCAGUUGGGAACGAGGACAUCUGCUGGCUGGUGUGGCGUCUAGCACUGAUGCAUCUAUAUUCUCCUCUGAAGGCGAGUUCAAGGACACUGACAGGUGCUGCUGGAAUCACAAGCAGUGCACUGGGCAUAUCAUCCACCCCUUCACCUCUGACUGUGGUCACUACAACCUGCACCUGCACUCUCUCAGCCACUGUGACUGUGACUCUAGGGUGAAGGACUGCUCAGAGAAGACAAAUAGCAGCAUCUCCCAAGAUGUAGGCCCAACCUGUUCCCAAGAUGUGGGCCCAACCUGUUUCGACAUCGUCCAGACCCCUUGCUUUGAGCUCAUCCCUGAGGAAGAGUAUGUGGAGCGGUACUGGUAUGGCUGGUGCAAAAACCUCAGGCCUGUCUCUGUGGCAGUGAUCCACCAUCCCCUCCACCACGAAUUUAGAGAUGACCUAAAUGAAGAAGAGGAAGAGGAGGAAGAAAGCAAGCCUCCCAUCCCGACUGAGGUGGGGCCCACCGCCACCACACCCAAGGACAAAGGCAUAGGAAUGGGCACGAUCAUGGGCACAUCAGACUCGGCCGCUCCCAUUACCAUCUGGCGCUCUGAGAGUCCCACAGAGAAGUCCCUGGGCAGCAGGGUUAUCAAGAAGGUCAAGAAGAAAAAGGAAAAAGAGAAAGAUGAGGAGGAUACAGAUGAGAAGGCAAAGAUGAAGAAAAACGUCAAGAAGGGCAAGUUGACUAAAAAGAAAAGCCCAGUUAAAUCAGAACCUUCACCUCCAGACUUGAGCAGAUCAUUAAGCCCAAGGGAGCUGGUCAGGCUGUCAGAAUCCAGCCCAGAGAGCCGGGAAGACCUGGAGAGUGAGGACAGUUACAAUGACCCCAGGCAGGAGCCCUCCAGCGAGGAUACUGUAGAGUCAUCACCCAGAAAGAGAGAUAAGAACACGGUCCAGGCCAAGAAACUUGGGGCAAAACCCGCUCCAAUCAAGAAAAUGAACAAGAGGAAAUCCCCCCCAGUAUCCAGCCCCAAUCUCAGUUGAGGCCGGGCGACCAGGUGAAGAAUAAAUGCCAUCCAGCCUGUCGCAAACCCCCUGCUGCUCUUCUCUCCCUCUAACUUGGCUGCUGCUGGGGGGCGGGGGUGGGCUCUGGGCAUAGCUGGA